GACUCUAUUGAAGCACUAUUGAUGUGUAUAUGUGUGUGUGUGUGUGUCUGUGUGUGCGAAUAAUCAAUGGCUCGUGAGGAAUCUGGGGAAAAGAACAUGCAUCAGUCUGAACAGCCACUGAUGUCCAGCUGUACAGAUGAAUCAAAGGACAAAAGCAGAUUCAGGCAGCGUCUCACUGAACAGAGACAGAACGAGGAGAACAGGAGCAAGCGCACAUGUGAUCCGCGGUGGAAGACGUUCCUGCUUUGGCACUUUGGUGAAGAAUGGAUCAUCCUCAUCCUGUUAGGGAUCAUCCCCGGUUUCUUCAGCUGGGCCAUGGACUUCGGCAUCGAUGCCGGCCUGCAUGGAACAAGGAAGCUGUAUGAGAUGGCACACCAUAACGUCUUCCUGCAGUAUCUGGCCUGGGUUUCCAUCCCCAUCCUGCUGAUCACCUUCGCCACGUUAUUUACUCAACUAGUAGGACCACAAGCUGCAGGAUCUGGAAUCCCAGAGAUGAAGUCGAUAGUGAAAGGAGUGAUGAUUAAAGAUCACCUGAGCCUCAACACUCUGGUGGCCAAACUGGUGGGUCUGACCUGCGCUCUGGGCAGCGGCAUGCCUCUGGGAAAAGAGAGUCCUUUCGUGCACAUCGGCAGCAUAUGUGCAGCACAGCUCAGCCGCCUCUGGCGAUUUAUUGGUGGCGUUAAAUCGAGUGAGUCUCAUGGCAUCGAGCUGGUGGUUGUUGGUUGUGCUGUUGGAAUCGCCUGCUGCUUCGGCUCACCUAUUGGAGGAAUCCUGUAUAGUAUAGAAAUGGCCACGUCGUUCAUCAUGGUCCGGUGUUACUGGAAAUCUUACGUUGCUGCCACCAUCAGCGCCUUCGUCUUCAGGAUCCUGCCUGUGUGGAGUGGACAAAAUGAAAGUAUCAUUCCUCUGUUUAACACAUCGUUCCGUCUGGAAUUUCCCUACACACUCUACGAGAUUCUGGCCUUCGCCAUUCUGGGGAUUCUGAGUGGGCUUUUUGGAGCAUUUUUCGUCUUCAUGAACAGCACGAUGGUGCGCUUCAUCAGAAGCCCUCACCGCGUUAGCAGGUUCCUCGCCAAGACCCGUGUGCUGUAUCCUGUUAUUAUCACCCUGGUCGUCUCCACUUUGACCUUUCCUCCUGGAUUUGGACAGUUCAUGGCAGGAGAGCUCACUCAGAGGGAAACUCUCCUCGCACUGUUUGACAAUCACACCUGGUCCAAACAUUUCAAGAGUGACCAUUUUGAUCACUCGGACCAUUCUGUGGCGUGGAAACACCCGAAAGUCAACGUCUUCGGCACGCUCACCAUCUCCUUCAUCACAAAGUUCUUCAUGUCAGCGUUGGCCAUCUCCAUGCCGGUCCCCUGUGGAGCUUUCGUACCUGCUUUCGUCAUCGGCGCAGGUCUCGGCCGAUUGGUCGGUGAGGUGGCAGCUGUUGUUUUACCUGAAGGAGUUUAUGCAAACGGCACCGUUUACUCUGUAAUACCUGGGAGCUACGCUGUAGCAGGAGCAGCAGCGAUGUCCGGCGCAGCCACUCACACCGUCUCCACAGCCAUGAUCGUGUUCGAGUUAACCGGGCAGAUCAACUUCCUUUUCCCGUUAAUAUUUUCUGUUAUAGUGGCUAAUGUCGUAGCCCAAAGUCUGCAGCCGUCACUCUACGAUGCGCUCAUAUUCAUCCGGAAACUUCCGUAUCCCGUAGAGCCCGACUGGGGCGACAAGGAAAAGUCUAGCAUCCGUGUGGAGGACAUAAUGGUGCAUGAUGUGAAGUACAUCACGCUGAAAGACACUUACAGAGACGUGAAGAACCUCCUGCUCUCAAAACUCAGAACCUUCCCCUUGGUGAAGUCUGAAGACUCAAAGAUCUUGCUGGGUUCUAUCGAGCGCGCUCAGCUGAAGGUGCUGCUGUCCAAUCAACUCAGCAGCACAAGGAGACUCAAACACCACCAUCAGCCAAGGGAGAAAAAGGAGUGUGGUCAUGAGCCCUUUGUAGAUGGAACCUCCCAAUCCUGUUCUACUAAAGCACUGAUAAUAGAGAAAGGUUACGAAGAUGCAGAAAUUACCCUUAAGAGCCUUGUGUGCAGCCAAUCUACAGUCGAUAUUGAGGAGGAUCCAAGUGGAGAAGAUACCAUGUCCCCAGUAGAGAUCCUCAGAUGGGAAGAGCAACAGCUUGAUGAAAGAGUCAACUUCAACCUCUGCAACAUUGAUCCUGUGUCCGUACAUAUAGUGGAACGAACCUCUCUGCAAAAGGUCCACAAUAUCUUAUCCAUGCUGGGUUUGGACCAGGCAUACGUCACCAGCGCUGGACAGCUCAUAGGAGUCGUGUCGCGUAAAGAGAUGUGCAAGGGCUUUGAGACCUCAGUGAAGGUGUCAGGAGCCAAAGCACACCCCCCGAUGUCCUGCUUUAGGGAGACCAGCACCAGGUUGAGGAAGACGGCGACACCAGGGGCCACAGGGCUCCAUAAACAUCUGGGCAGCCAAAGCAGUCUGAUCACCAUAAGGGAGGGUCGUGCAGGGACCGACUGAGGGACCAGUGUCCUAACUACACGAACAAAUUGGACUGCGCCUGAAUACAAAAUAAGAUCCUGAGAUGUCAAUUUACAGCUUAAUUAUUUUACUGUUUGAAUGUGAUACCAAACCUGCAAAUUAAACUUUUUUACCAUUUUA